CGUAGAAGAAGAUAACAACGACGUCACAACGUAAACAAAAGCAUGUCGCACAGACAGAAUCAAGCUAGAGAAAUGAACGGUCAAGCGGACGUCGAAGUUGACUACAAGCGGAAAUACAAAAAUCUCAAGCGAAAAUUAAAAUUCCUUGUUUAUGAACAGGAAUGUUUUCAGGAGGAGUUGAGGAGAUCACAGAGGAAACUUCUCAAAGUGUCCAGGGACAAAAGCUUCCUCCUGGACAGACUGCUACAGUACGAGAGGGUAGAUGAAGACUCCUCAGAUUCAGAUGCAACAGUUUCUUCAGAAAACAGUGAAGGAGAAGCCCCCAGGGAGAGGGAAAGAGAACGAGAUGUAACAAAGAAGCGAAGAAGUAGUCCUGGAGCGUGUCUUCCAUCUUCCUCAUCCCCUCAUCUCUCCCUGCUGUCCCGUUCUGGUGUGAACCCCCUGCAGUCCUCAGGCUCUGGACCUUACCUCAACACCAUGCCCUUCCCACCGGAGUAUUUGGCUCCUCCAGCUGAACGAGUGAAGAAAGAGAGAAAAACAAAGACGCCUAGAAACAAGAAAGAGACAACGGGGAAGGUUGUUGCCCCCAUGGCAGCCAAUUACCCAUCAGCCCCUGCGGCCCCCCCGGCAGCCAGCAGCCCGUUCAGCUGGGUUCCCCGACAGAUGCUGAGCGGAGACGCAGCGGAGGAGGAGGGGGAGAGCGACGGAGACAGUGACAGAGGAGAUGAAGACAGAGGGGAGGGAGACGAGGCUGAACUGGUCAUUGACCUCCCUAAUGAGUGAGCCGCAGUGUGUGGUUAGAUGUAUUUAUAAGCAAGGGAUGCAGGGUUUGUACAUCUGUGUGUGUGUGUGAGUGAAAGACAGAAUGUGACUGAAUGUAUUUCCUGUUUUCAGUAGCUUCUUCCACUUUCACCCCUCCCCCUUGUGGACUUUUUCCUAAUUGCAGUAUCACUAUCAAAAAACUCCCAGAUAGAUGUGGUUUUUAUAUGUGGAGAAUUACAUUUGUGACUAAAUAACAGUUUGACAAGUGUUUAGGAGAAAUCCACAGCCAGUGAGAUGAAUGGAUAGUUGUUAACAUUUCCAAGCUGCUGAUUAUUUGUCUAAACAGUUUUAGCAAUCUACAAAGUGUGACUGAGACUAGGUGUGUCCUGCAUAAAGAGAGCUUUGGUUUAUUUGUUUUUGCAUUAUCUAAACACCAUCUCCGACUUUGGUAUUGCAUAAAUGCUGCACUCCAUUAAAGCUAGUUACGUCUUUUUUUACUCGUUACAGGAGGUUUUGUCGUUUCUACUUCUGCAAUGUUCAAUUUCUUUUUCACAAUGUGUCAUAAGUCAAAGCUACACCUUGUCAAUUCCAAUGUGUUUUGCACCUUUUCAGAUGUGUGUGUAAAAUGUCAUGCUGUCAAACUAAAAGAUUUUGUUAUAAAUUGAAA